CAGAUGCUAGUGUUACAGCUUGUCAGGACUAACAAGCUACACCUGUGAGCACUGCAGAGAAGCUGGUAAUAGCAACAUACUGGAUGCUCGGCUGCUAAUGAAAGGGGAAGUCCUACAUUUUUGACCGAGUGUUUCCAACCAACACCACCCAGGAGCAGGUGUACAACACCUGUGCCAAGCAGAUUGUCAAGGAUGUGCUGGGUGGCUACAAUGGCACUAUCUUUGCAUACGGACAGACCUCCUCCGGGAAGACUCACACCAUGGAGGGCAAGCUCCACGACCCUCACCAGAUGGGUAUUAUUCCUCGCAUCGCUGAGGACAUUUUCAACCACAUCUUUGCUAUGGAUGAAAACCUUGAAUUCCACAUCAAGGUUUCCUACUUUGAAAUCUACAUGGACAAAAUCCGUGACCUGCUUGAUGUGACGAAGACCAACCUGUCUGUCCAUGAAGAUAAAAAUAGGGUGCCGUAUGUCAAGGGAUGUACCGAGCGUUUUGUCUCCAGCCCCGACGAGGUUAUGGAUGUGAUCGAUGAGGGCAAGGCUAACCGACAUGUUGCUGUGACCAACAUGAACGAGCACAGCUCUCGCAGCCACAGCAUCUUCCUGAUCAACAUCAAGCAGGAGCAUGUGGAGACUGAGCAGAAGCUGUGUGGAAAACUCUACCUGGUGGAUCUGGCUGGUAGUGAAAAGGUCAGUAAGACCGGAGCUGCAGGAGCCGUUCUGGACGAGGCUAAAAACAUCAACAAGUCUCUUUCUGCUCUGGGAAACGUCAUCUCUGCCUUGGCUGAGGGCACGAAAACUCACGUACCAUAUCGUGACAGCAAAAUGACCCGCAUCUUGCAGGACUCCCUCGGUGGGAACUGUCGCACAACCAUGUUCAUCUGCUGCUCUCCAUCCAGCUACAACGACGCCGAGACCAAGUCAACUCUGAUGUUUGGCCAACGUGCCAAGACCAUCAGGAACACUGCCUCCAUCAACCUGGAGCUGACAGCAGAGCAGUGGAAGAGGAAGUACGAGAAAGAGAAGGAGAAGAACAAGACUCUGAAGGACACUAUCCAGAAGCUGGAGGCUGAGCUCAACCGCUGGAGAAAUGGAGAGGACGUGCCUGAGACGGAGCAGACUACGUCCGACAUGGUGACCCGGUUUGAGUCUGUGGAGGAGCGCCCCAUUUUGGACAAUGACACCUCCUCCAUUGUGGUCCGCAUUUCUGAGGAGGAGCGUCAGAAGUACGAGGAGGAGAUCCGCAAGCUGUACAAGCAGCUGGAUGACAAGGAUGAUGAGAUCAACCUGCAGUGCCAGUUGGUGGAGAAACUGAAGCAGCAGAUGCUGGACCAGGAUGAGCUCCUGGCCUCGUCCCGUGGUGACGGGGACAAGGUCCAGGCUGAACUUGGCAGGCUUCAAGUGGAGAGUGACUGCGCCAAGGCUGAGGUGAAGGAGGUGCUGCAGGCUCUGGAGGAGCUAGCCAUCAACUACGACCAGAAGAGCCAGGAGGUAGAGGAGAAAGGACUGCAGAACCAGCUACUGGCCGACCAACUGGCCCAGAAAAUGGCAAGUCUGAUGGAGCUGGAGGCAGAACUGUCUCGUAUGCAGGAAGUGAGCGGUCAGCAGAGGAAACGUAUCGCUGACGUCCUCAAUGGUCUGAUGAGGGACCUCAGCGAGUUCAGCACCAUCGUGGGCAACGGGGAGAUCAAGCUGCCAGUGGAAAUCAGCGGUGCUAUCGAGGAGGAGUUCACGGUGGCUCGCCUUUACAUCAGCAAGAUCAAGUCAGAGGUGAAGAGCAUGGUGAAGCGCUGUCGCCAGCUGGAGAACAUGCAGCUGGAGUGCCACCGCAAGAUGGAGGAGACUGGGAGGGAGCUCUCCUCCUGCCAGCUGCUCAUCUCUCAGCAUGAGGCUAAGAUCCGCUCUCUGACGGAGUACAUGCAGAGCGUGGAGCAGAAGAAGAGGCUGCUGGAGGAGAGCCACGACUCCCUGAGCGAAGAGCUGGCCAAGCUGCAAGACCAGGAUAAUUCCCUGCUUGAGGAGAAGGAGGGAGAGAAGGGUGAGAUUGAAGAUGGAAAUGUGAAGAAGGCUGUUCGUCAGCAGGGAGAGUCUCACCGCGGCCUCCAUCACAAGCAGCUGGCCCGCCUGCGGGAUGAGAUCAAUGAGAAGCAGAGGAUCAUUGACGAACUCACUGAUCGUAACUCCAAGUUGGAGCUGGAGCUGGCUCAGGUUCGUGCUGACUUUGAACGCCUGAAGAGUCAGGACAGCACCAAGAGCGAGCGCCUUGAGGAGCUCUCAUUCCUGCAUGAACGCCAUGAGCAGACUAAACAGGACUUGAAGGGUCUGGAGGAGACUGUCGCCCGCGAACUCCAGACCCUCCACAACCUGCGCAAGCUGUUCGUUCAAGACCUCACGUCGCGGGUUAAAAAAAGUUCCGAAAUGGAGCCUGAUGAUAGCGGGGGGUCUUGCACCCAGAAGCAGAAGAUUUCCUUUCUUGAGAAUAACCUGGACCAACUUACAAAGGUUCACAAACAGCUGGUUCGUGACAAUGCAGAUCUGCGUUGUGAGCUUCCAAAGUUGGAGAAACGUCUUCGGUCUACUGCUGAGAGAGUUAAGGCCCUGGAGACUGCACUGAGAGACGCCAAAGAGGGCGCCAUGAUGGACCGCCGCCGCUAUCAGCAGGAGGUCGACCGCAUCAAGGAUGCCAUGAGGGCAAAGAACGCCCUGCGUCGUCCCCAUGCAGCACAGAUCGCCAAGCCAGUGAGACCGAAGCAGCUGCCAGUUUGCUCUCCCACAAACCCGUUCUACACAUACAUUCGUGCCACUGAACACGCCAACACCUACAGCAACGCCCUCUUCCAAAACAACAUGACACAGCCGAGCUCCGCCAGCAUCAACUACAACCCAAACUCUGUCCAGAGCAACACAGUUUCCACAGCCCUGGGCUACAGAGCAGGCAGAUAUAAUGGAGACAUACUGGAGUCCUACCCACUCAACAUUGACAACGGUAACAGCAUAAGUGAAACGAGAGACAUCAAUGACAACAGGAGUGAGGUUCACUGUGGCAGCGAGGUGGAUGAUUCAAACAGGCACUACAUCAUUCAGCAGGAGACGGCUGCAAGUUAAUCCCACUAAGACGACCAAACACUGUAUCCGUCCAAGGACCCUCCCUGCCCAUCUGCAUGCAGCCUGUCUCCCUGUCCCUCCACUGCAUCACUGAUGAAGAUGAUGAUGAAGAUCUGUAGCCCUGUAGUCCCGUCCUCCCCUGCUUUUAUGGUGACCACUUUCAUCCUUAGGUUUGGGGUCCAGUCCCUUCCAGUUCAGUCAGUGCAAGAAACAAAUGAAAUCAGAUUUUUAUAUUAUAGAAUGUCACUCACUAAUGACCACAAUUUGUCAAAAGAUAUCACUGAUGCUGAUUACCUCCUGAGGUGUUUGAACUGAAGUGGGGCUGACUCCAUCCCUGAUUACUUAGUACACACAUGUUGUAAAUAAAUAGUGCUGUAUAAUCCAGUAGAGGUUUUCGACCAGCAACUGUUUGUGUGAAUGCACAGCCUCCACUGUCCCCUGCACACAUCUUCUUAAGGGCAUCAUGUGGAUGACAUACUGUAGGCAGACAUGACCUUUUUCUCUGUGUUAAAUAAGAGUAUAGUGUGUAAUGCCAGCUUGUAACAGAAGACCCACACUCUGCAUGCAUGUCGCUUAGCGGGUUAGCUUUCAUAUCUUUGCAUGUGUCAUGAUUCCACUCAGGAGCUGGUAUGUUGCGAGUGAACUUACUGAUCAACUCCGACAGAUGGCACAGAAAGCGAGAGCUGGUUUCCCUUAAUCCUGAUCCUGGUCUUAGUGCUUAAGAUUUUCUAUUGUCAAUUUGAGUAAAAGACUGGGAUGUUGUGGUUUUAUCACAGGAAAAAUGACAAAAACAACAUCUGGGUCUAGUUUUUAUUUAAGAGAGGAUGACCUCAGAUGUACAAUGAGUGAGGGAAACCCAGCCCAGACUUGGAGUUUGUAUACAGGAAACCUUUUGUAAUUGCUUUGAUACUGUGAUGUUGCAGCUGUAUGAUGCCGUUGUACACUUCAGGUAAUGCUGCCCAUAUUCAUUUAAUGUGGCUCCCGCCCUGCAUUACACCCACACUUUGAGUCUUCUUACCGAGCCUUAAUAAGAACUGAUUUCUCAUGAUCAAACUAACGUGCUGUCAUGUGCAUACAUUUGUAAUUACUACCUCUAGAGCUUCUUAUUAUAUACACUUAUAGCAAGUAUACUAAGAUAUCAUCUUUUCAAAUGCUAAAUAGUAGCAGAUCUUAGAGUUUCUAGAGUAAGUUGUAACUUUAGUACACCCAUAGCUGCAAGUAGAAUUAAAAGCUCUUUUUAGAGCAGUAGUUUUGGCCUCCUGCAAGUUCAUGCAUAUACAGAUUCCUUCUCCAUUAUAUAACAGGAUCAGAACUGGGUAGAAAAAGUUCCAAAAAUGUUCCUACUGCAGGAGAAUAACCGAAAGUCUGGGUUCACCACACCAGGACAGGUCAGGUAGCGUCAAGUUCAUUGUCAAAGGAGACAUAUACCACAUCAGAUUUAAACAUUUUCCUAAUUUUUUGAACUUUUGAGGCUUAAAUGAUGAUGCCUACAAAGUUAGUUUUAAUUAAAAGUAAAACUAUUGACAUAUUUAACUUGCCUUUUCUAAAUUUGAUUUUCAAACAGAAAUUUAGUAAGAUCUCAGAACCUGUUGAGACUGUAUAGAUGCUAUUCAGUGAUUCAGUGUUUUUUAAUCAGAUCCAUCAAAAGUCCAAUGAUCAGGGAAUGUCUUGAAACUAGUCCCAAGCUGAGCAGCCACCAGUCUGGCAUGGACAGAUAGUUUGACAGAAGCUUGUAGCUUGUUUUCAGGUUGUGCUGUAAUUCUUCUAUUAAAAAUCCUGACCAGCCAAUCAGGAUAGAAGAAACGGAGCAUGUCCUAGGCAGACGAAGAAAAUAUGAAUGUGUUUGGACUGAGCAGAGUCACUGAAUUAAAGGUCAGACUAGAGCAGAAGCUAAUUGUGCCUUUAGAUAUUAUAAAUGACUUGAAAUUUUUAAAAAAUGAGAGAGAUGUAAUUUGGAUUUCCAUUUAUAGUUUGUAUUUACUCUUUGAUCAGACUUAUUUAAUUGCCAUUCAAAUUGUCUCUGAUCUGAUUGUUCUGAGUUUGACUGAGCGUCUAGACUCUACUGGACUUGUUCUGAUUUAGCCCAGGUAGGAACUCAGUAUGAUCCUCCUCAGUUGUCUGAUCGAUAAGAGCUUCAUUCAUGACAGCACCGCUCGGUCUCAAGAUCUUACUGGCAUUAACAUCUCAGGGCUUCACAUUCACAGUCACAGCGACCAUGGGCCACCACCACUGUCUCCCUCAUCAACUUAAAACUAUGUGAUCGCUGAUGAACAAUCAGGUCAGUGUGUGUUCUUCGAGGCUUAGCAGGGGAACGGGAUGAAAAAUCUAAUAUUACAGAAAUAACAUCAUUUUAUACAUAUGUAACAUUUCCAUUCCAGCACAUGAAAUCCAAAAUGAAAUAAUCCCUCAGCCGCACCCUGGUCAGACCCUACUGUGUGUGUGUCCAAGCCGACCCUCUAUUUGGCAUCAUGUUUUAAGUGUAAUAAUUUUAAAGGAGGGGGAAUGUGUACUAAAUUGUCACCUGCUGUUCCACUGUCUGAUUUUAGCAUAUCUAAAAUUUAUGUGCUAUAUAUUGUUAAUCUUGUAAGUAAAAUAGCGUGCCAUUACAUAGUAAAAUGCAAAAGAAAGGUACACGCUAACUUUGUUCUAAGAAAUGUUUGUUUUCUUUAUUUCUGUAUGCCAAUACUGUAGCGUCAACAUGAUUAUGUGAAGAAUCACCGUGCAAAAUUUCUGUAUAUAUAGACUCAUCACUAUGCUGUAUUGUAUGUGAACCAUUGUGUUGUAGUAAAAAGCUCAAUAAACUUGU